AUGAACGAACGAAAUUUUCGGGCUGCGAAUGUAUUAUUUUAUAAUAUUCCGGAAUGUACGUCUAGUAAUAUUGAAGAAAGAGUACUUUACGAUAAGGAAGAAAUAUCUAAAAUUAUCAAAGAUACAUCGUCCGAUAACAAAACACCGAUUAAAGUUAUUCGUCUCGGGAAGUCUUAUCAACCCAAUAAACAUCGUCCAAUUAAAGCAAUUUUCUCUUCAGCUGGUGAUGCUUUCGAUAUAUUGAAAAAUAAGAAACAUAUUUUAUCUCGCCUCCCUCCUAAUUCUUCAAAUAUUGGUAUAAGUUCAGAUAGAACUCUAUUUCAACGUGAACAAAUGAAGAAAUUACGGGAUCAAUUAGCCGCACGCCAAUCCAGUGGUGAACAAAAUCUCACAAUCAAAUUUACUAAAGGUACACCGGGUAUUGUUGUUAUUGAUAAAAUUGUAAAAAAUUCUCAAAAUUUUUAA